AAGAAAAAAAGAGCCGCAGGGGGGCUUGAGCUUUCUCUCUCUAUAUAUAUAUAAGAUUCCAAAACCGAACAGUGAAGUAGCCAAGUGAAGAACUGUGAGAAACGCACCGCACUGAGCUGACUUCAUCAUCAUGAUCUCCGACAAAUCCACCGAUUCUCCUCCGCCUCCACUGCCGCCUCCUCCUCCGCUUACUCCUCCCAAAUUCAGUAAAAAUCUCUCUGGAGGACAGGGAAGUAAUACUUCGGGAGCCUUAACUCAUAGGAUUAAUCAACUGAAGAAGCAGAUACAAGAUGAAAGAGUUGCUUCAGUCAAAGAAAAGGUUGAGGAUAACCGAAAGAAUAUCGAAACUUACACAUCCAAGCUUAAUGAAUUGGCUACAAUGAGGGAAGAUGUCUCUACUCCAAAGGAAAAUGAUUUUGGUAGGAUGCUUUCAGCCAGAAUUGAAAGUCCUCAGUGUAAAAUCAAGGGGAUUUCUCAAAUAUGCGGAGAAAGAGAUUCUGUCAACAGCGAUGAGGUUGUGUCUCCAACAACAGUGAGGCUCCCGUUUAUGGAAAAGAUACCACCAUACACUACUUGGAUGUUUUUAGACAAGUAUGGUCCUCUUAUCGACUUUAUGCCACUGUAGUUUUUCCGUUUUUGGUUUUUAGUUUGCCUGUUGACUUCCUGCUUUUGCGUACUAUUUUGACUUAGGCAAGUGCUUUGUUUGCAUAGCACUUUUUGAUUAGUCUUAAGCUUAGCGCUAUAGCAUUUGGCUAGCUGAACUUUACAAAAUGGAUUAGCAAAGAUCAUCUUAGGUAAAUUGAAGCAUCAUGCCCUGGCCUGAGAUGCAUGGAUGAUGCUUUUUUUCCCCUUUUCAUCAAAAGCUUAACAAAUUUCUUCCUGAGAAACCGUCUCCUCCUGUGGAUUUGCAUGGAAUUGGAAUAGAGAAUGAUUUGUGAUACAUUGAGUGUGCAUAAUUUGUGAUAUAUUUUGCUAGGAAUUGUGUGAUAAUUAUAAAGCAAUCGCCUAAUGUUUGAUCAUGAAAUAAUUAUGUCUGUUUUCCAAAUUCCCGAUUCAUCUUUCUUCCUCAUUGUGACAAAUGUUUGACUUGCUUUUUUGCCUGAGAUUUUAUCGACUCUUCACAGAAACCAGAGGAUGGCUGAAGACCAGUCAGUAGUAGGGAGGAGAAGGAUAUACUAUGAUCCACAUGGUAGUGAAGCCCUGAUCUGCAGUGACAGUGAGGAAGAAACAGCUGAACCAGAGGAAGAGAAACAUGAAUUUUCUGAAGUGGAGGAUCGAAUUUUACGGAUGACCUUUAUGGAGUAUGGUUUAGAUGAAGAGGUCCUGAAGAUCUUGAUUCAGUUUGUUGGAGGUACUAUUUCCGAAAUUCAGGAUCGUUGUAAAGUUCUCAAUGAACAAAAUCUCAGGGAGAACCCUAACAUCAAAGAUUCUGAGGGAUAUGACCCUGAAUGGAAUGCAUUCUUGGGAAAGCGCCUCACCGCUGCAUUAGAUUCUUUUGAUAACCUUUUUUGCCGACGUUGCUUGGUUUUUGAUUGCCGUUUACAUGGCUGUUCUCAAGUUGUUAUCAAUUCGACUGACAAGCAAUCUUACUCAUCAGACUCCGAAGAUGAAAAGAAACCCUGUGGUGAACAGUGUUACCUUCUGGCAAGGAUGGUUGGAACUCGUCCAGAAGGCUUGGGAGCUAGUUCGUCCGAUGGUUUUGAAGAGAAACCUCCAGCCGAGGACAAGAAGACCCUUAUUGCUCUAAUUCCUGGGGAGGCAGAGAAAAAUCCUGAAAAUACCGGAAAGCGCAAAUUGUUAGAGCCUCUGGACCCAUUGAUUGGAACGGAUUCUAACAACACACCAGGGAUUUGCAGUAAGAAAUCGAAGCCAACAGUACAGACAGUUGUUAGGAUGGCUGUGGGAAGUGCGGUCAAUGUGGCUCAGAGUGUUUCUGCUAUAAGAAAGGACCUGGAAUUUAGUGAAGCUGAAGAAAAUCCUAAAACAAAUGAUGCAGGUAUUGACCGAGGUUGUCUUGGUAAGAGUAGUUCCGGGGAUAGAAUUCAACAAAAUGGAGAUGUUUAUGAGAUGCCUAAGAUCAAGCAGAUGUUGGAUUUCAAGGAAAAUUCUGACUGGAAUCCAAUUGAAAAAGAUCUGCUCAUAAAAGGAAUAGAAAUAUUUGGCAGAAAGAGCUGCCUUAUAGCUCGGAACUUACUUCCUGGUUUGAAAACUUGCAAUGAGGUGUUUAUUUACCUGAAUGACGGUGGGGUAGCUAUGUCCCGUGGAGCAACAGCUUACGCAUGCUCAAGUGCGGAUGACAAUGGGAGAACCAACAUGGAUUGCAUGGAGUCAGAGAUGCCAGCCAGAUCAAGAUUACUCCGUAAAAAGGGUAGGACCAGGAAGCUUAAGUAUUCCUGGAAAUCUACUGGUCAUCCUUCAAUGUGGAGACGAAUUGUCGAUGAAAAGAACCAGCAAUGUAAACAGUACACGCCAUGUGGAUGCCAGGCUAUGUGCGGAAAGCAAUGCCCAUGCCUACAAAAUGGAACAUGUUGUGAAAAAUACUGUGGGUGCUCCAAAAGCUGCAAAAACAGAUUUAGGGGAUGUCAUUGUGCAAAGAGUCAAUGCAGGAGCCGGCAAUGCCCCUGCUUUGCCGCAGGGCGGGAAUGUGACCCUGACGUCUGCCGCAAUUGCUGGGUCAGCUGCGGUGAUGCCAUAUUGGGUGAGCCACCUAGACAAGGAGAAGGUCAAUGUGGAAAUAUGAGGCUCCUCCUAAGGCAGCAGCAAAGGAUUCUCUUGUCAAAGUCUGAUGUUGCUGGAUGGGGAGCCUUUCUUAAGAACACUGUCAACAAGAAUGAUUACCUGGGAGAAUAUACUGGUGAAUUGAUUUCGCAUCGAGAAGCUGAUAAACGUGGGAAGAUCUACGAUCGCGCCAAUUCGUCUUUCCUUUUUGACUUGAAUGAGCAGUAUGUACUGGAUGCUUAUCGGAAAGGAGACAAAUUAAAAUUUGCGAAUCAUUCGGCAAAUCCCAACUGUUAUGCAAAGGUGAUGCUGGUUGCAGGGGACCAUCGAGUUGGCAUUUUUGCAAAUGAGCGCAUUGAAGCUGGGGAAGAACUGUUCUAUGAUUACCGAUAUGGACCCGAUCAAGCACCUGCAUGGGCUAAGAGACCCGAGGGCUCAAAGAGAGAUGAUUCACCAAUGCCUCAAGGUCGAGCGAAAAAACAUCAAUCACAUUGAGGAAGCUUUUUGUCUUUGUGUUGUUCUGUAAACAUGUUUAUAUAUGAACUGUUCAUGUCAUUGCUGCAAUUGAAAUAUGACAUUUUCAUCUUGUUAGCAUUAGAAGUAUUGUAUAUUUAACCUAAAAAAAAAAGGUGUUGUACAGGGAAGAGGUCUUAUAGAUAAGUAUAUUAUUCAACGUUGUAGAGGUUGAUAGGUAAGCAGCCCCGUGUAAAAUGCUUAAGUGUGAUUUGUUAAUUUCUCCUGGUUUGUGUAUAUAGGUACAUUUUUUUUAUAUGUGAUGAACUUUGAUGAUUAUAUCAGCUGCAGAGCUAACAUUUCGUUCUACUGUUUCUGUAUUUCCUUCAAGC